UCGAGAAAGAAUUUUAAAUGGUUUUGUGACGUCAAGGAGGCACAAGAAAACAUAGUCUGGUGCCAAGUUGCCUCCAUCAUUGAAAGCCCACAGUAAGAAAUAGAUAACACAGAAAUAAAUCUUUUGUGCAGUAGCUAUCUCAUGAUACGUUCUAGUGACUCCAGUAAGUGAGCUUGUCUGGUAUAGGAAUAGCUGAAGAAGAUGAACUUUCAGAGCCUCAUUUUCUAAUUUAUGCUUAAUGAAAAGCCAGCCUAAUCUGUUUGACUUCCUGCUGUCUGGACACAAUGUCUGCGGGGAGCUUGGACCUCGCAGAGGGAAACGCCCUGACAAAGUUUCAGCCUACAAAAGUGAGCAGUUUAAGUACGGUGGACAAAAAACUGUAUCUCUUGAAUGAAAAGAUGGACAAACUGUUGCAUUUCCAAGAAGACCUGACAGGCAAACUGCAGCAAGUUGACAGAAGCAUUGCUGAUGUAGGAAAUGGCAGUAACAAGCUCACAGUAUCCCGAGCAGCUCCUGAUGACACAGAUGCAAUGCAAAAGGGCCUGAAGGUACCGGACAGUGCUGCCCAAGCUGACGUCCAGAGCAUAUGCUCAGAAGUGUUGAAUUUGAUGAAAGCUGCCCAGCUAGAUGCCUCCAAGCAUAAGGAGAGGCUGGCAAAGAUAGAGAAAAGGGUUGAUACCCUGGAUAAAGUUAUUACAUUUGUGGGAGAAGUAUUAAAAAAUUCUAAAGUAGUGGAUUUCAUUCUCAAAGGCAUUGUGCCCUGGAAGAAGGGGAGUCUGCUGGAAAUCCCUGUUGAGGAUUGUGCAAGAAUAAUGUUCACCCUGGUCAUUGUUGCAGGUUUGCUUAGAGCUGUAAUAAAAAGGGCCAAAGAUAAGUCUGAGGAGAGUGGUGCAAAACCUAAGCAUGUGCUUAGUAACAGAGGAACCCAGACUGAAAGCAAGAAGCCUCUGGAAGAGACAAAAAGCGUGAAAAAGCUGGAUGAAAACAAGGGAGCAUGUGAGAAGGUGAACUCUUCUAGUGCUAUAGCCCACAAAGCUGAUUCCAAACCACAGCUUAAAGAGAGGACAGCACAGCAGCAAGGAGUAGAAAGUGCUGGCAACAUACAGAGCUCUAAGAGCUCUCCACAGCAAAAGGACGUCGGUGUCAAAGCUUUGAAUCAACGCAAUGGUCUUCCCUUCGUACAUCAAGAUCAUGCAGGCAGCCAAAAUGCUCCUGCUAAAGCACAGAACGUGGAUAGAGCCCCACGCCUUGAUGAGUGCCACAGGCAGCUUGUUCAUCAGAAACCGGGGAAGAAUGAAAACAAACCUCCAGCACCGAGUGCGGCAUCCCGGGAAGCUGUGCCCUCCACAUCCCGGGCCAUAUCUGACACGGGGUGUGAAGUGACACAUACCAGGAUAUCCAUCAGUGUGCAUAUGACUGACAUGAAAGAAAAGAUUGAGAUGGCCAAGGAGGGAAACAUAAGUGACAACAAAGGUAAAGGUCCCAAAGUGAAAUCCACAGCAGCAGACUUGAAAGGAGUCAAACAGCUGCCUGACAAAUUAAAACUUCAACAGAGCCCUAAAAACAUCAGCUCCGAGCCAAAUUCAGAAGUUAAAGGGGACAAUAAGCAAAAUGAACUUGCACCUCAAACAGGGAAGCAACAGCCAUUCCUGAGCAAGCCCAAACCAGGUAAAAAGGCUGAAGAGAAAUCGGAAUUAAAAUGCAAGCCCAUAACCUCACAGAAUACCUCUGCAAAGGAGCCUGUGAAAGGUGCAGGGGUAGAAGUGAAAAUCCAUCAAGAAACAGCAAAAGCAGAAAAAUCUUCAACAGAUACCAAGCCUGAGAGGAGAGAAUCUGAGUCUGCAUCUCCGGGGGGAAGCGGGCACGAUACUCGGCAGUGUACAGGAGAGGCACCGGGGAAGACCAAAGCUCUGGAAGCUGGCAGAGCUCUUCCCACUCAGGGAGAAAUUAUCGAUGACAGCCCCUCUCCUCCGGCUCCUUUCGAGCACCGCAUCGUGAGCGUCAAGCAAGCAGAGGUGACCGCGUGCUACUCCGUGUGUCGUCACGAGGUCCUGGGGGGGGGGCGUUUUGGGCAAGUUCACAAGUGCACGGAAAUAUCGACGGGGCUCAACCUGGCAGCCAAAAUCAUAAAAGUGAAAGGAGCCAAGGAGAAGGAGGAAGUAAAAAAUGAAAUUAACAUCAUGAACCAGUUAAAUCACGUGAAUCUGAUCCAGCUUUAUGAUGCUUUUGAAGCCAAAAAUAAUAUCACUUUGAUCAUGGAAUAUCUUGAUGGUGGGGAAUUAUUUGACCGGAUCACAGAUGAAAACUACCAUCUGACUGAGCUGGAUGCCAUCCUGUUCACCAAACAGAUUUGUGAAGGAGUCCACUACUUGCACCAGCAUUAUAUACUCCACUUAGAUCUGAAGCCUGAAAACAUACUAUGUGUAAAUCACACAGGAAACCAGAUUAAAAUCAUUGACUUUGGAUUAGCAAGGAGGUACAAACCCUGUGAGAAGCUGAAGGUGAAUUUCGGGACACCGGAGUUCCUGGCUCCCGAAGUGGUGAACUACGACUUUGUUUCCUUCCCCACGGACAUGUGGAGCGUGGGUGUCAUCACGUACAUGCUGCUUAGUGGCCUGUCCCCAUUCCUGGGAGAGACUGAUGCAGAGACAAUGAAUUAUGUAGUCAAUUGCAGCUGGGAUUUUGAUGCAGAAGCAUUUGAACAGCUCUCGGAGGAAGCCAAAGACUUUAUUUCCAGACUACUUGUGAAGGAGAAAAGCUGCCGGAUGAGCGCGACGCAGUGUCUGAAGCACGAGUGGCUCAACAACCUCCCUGCCAAGGCCCAGAAGUCCAAGCUCCGCCUGAAGUCCCAGCUGCUGCUGCAGAGUUACAUGGCCCACAGGAAAUGGAAGAAACACUUCUAUGUGGUGGCUGCUGCUAACAGGCUGAAGAGAUUUCAGAGUAUGUCUGUCAAGCUCGCGUGAGCUUGUGUGACAGCUCCACCGCUCUUGGAGAUGGACAUGAAGCUGUGGAAGGAGGACUCAAGUGUCUCCAGUGAUUUCUAUCCCUGUUUUAUAACAUAAAGUUUUGGGACUGUCUUCCUCAAUUAUCUGGUGUGUUAGUGCUACGGUUCCAGAAGUGCCUUAAGGAAGAGGCACAAGAUUUCUAAAAGCAGAAGCUACUUUGUUUGUUUUUACAAGUUUUUAGUUGUUCUAUAUAGCGGAGGAAAAUCGUGGCUGUUACAGGGGCUGACUUCUUGCUGAAGGCUUUGAUUCUGCAGAGUAUUGGUGUGUUAAUAGCAGAAAACCCCUGGCAGUUUUCUGGUCUCUCACACCAAGCAUGGGAUCUCUAAAGACUUUCUUCCUGACUGAUGUAUGUAUGUUACCAGCUUUAGAGAACUGCCACAAGAGUGGCACAACUUGUCCCUCAGGUGUUUGUUACUUAAAACAAAAGAUACAAGCAUUGUUAUCUUAUCUAUUUCUUUCAAAAAGGUAAUUUCCCCACAACAUGAAGAUGCUUCAGUGCAACUCCAGCUUGGAUGGUUUUGGUUUUGUUUUGCUACUGUUCUACUCUCUCCUUUAAAAAAUAGUCACUGCAUAGUUAGGAACUGAUUUGAAGCAAAUUAAUUUGGUCCUUUGCUGCUGUUUGUUAUGGCAAGUUGAAUUGAGAUAAACUGAUUGAACUUCUGGAAGGAGAUAUGUGAAACUGCCAUGAAUACAAAUCACCUAAUGACUGUUGGGUCUAUGCAGAAAGAUCUCAUGUUGUAGAGAAAAGGAGAUUUCCAGAGAUUUUAUGUUUUUAAAACUUGUAAGUGCUUUUCAUUGUCUGUGACUGCAGCACUUAAGUUGCUAAGUUUUAGUCUGAGGAUUUGUUUCUCCUCUCUGGAAAUUUUAGUGAAGUCUGAGAAGCUGGUAUGGUGUGACAUGCAAAACAGGUGUCAUUUCUAAUAGGUUCAGUGACAGGGAAACAGUGUUGCCAGACUCUGCCUUUAGUCCAGUUAGGAGGUUGAAGCCCUUUUUUUCCCCCCCUCACCUUGCUCUUGAACAUUAAACCUUCUCUUCACAAUAUUAACUUAUUUUGGAUUUUAAACUCUUUUGUGUAGAGUGGGAGCCACUUACCAUCUCUCAGAUAAAAGUAUAACAUUAUUUAUUAAACCUGUGGUUUCCUGUUCUGGAUUCUGCAAAACUCAGUGUGAACUGGAUGCCUUCUAGGAAAAAUGGAAACUAAUACUACUAGAAGUAGCUUUCCAUCAAAGGCACCUAUAAAGCUCCUUUGAACUUUACGGACUUUAACAUCCCUUGAAUUUACAGAAGUGUUGGUUGCUAAUGAUGAGGUUUGUAAGACUGGCUUACCCCAGUCUAGCUAUCUUUUCCACUCAAGUGCUUCUCACUUUGCAUAGUCCCGACUUCUGCAGCAUUUCCAGAAUUGGGACAGAGAAGAAUCUUGAUAAUUUAUCACCUUCUAUGAAGGCCCAUUUUUGUUCAUGUUUUCCUUCCACAGUGUUUCUGCAUGCUGAAUGUCAUUGUAUUCAUUGGUCUGUAUAUUUCUGAAUUAAUACUAAUAAAUUUCAUGAAAGUGGAA